UAGUUGAGGUGGCAGGACGGCGUGAAUGACAAGAAGGCAUAUUCCUCUGACGCCGUCUUGUUUUCUUUUCUGAAUGAAGAAAUGAGUAAUAAUAAUAAUAACCAAUCCAAAUCCUGUAAAAUAAAAUAAAAGUUAAAGAAAGAAGGUAGGGAGGGAGUAGUACUUUGUUUGUUCCAAUCUAUCUAUGAAAGAAGAAUGGCAGAUCCACGAGCGUUGCUGUUGCUGCUGAAUUCAGAGACUCAGUUCCCCCGAGUAGCCUCCGUUGAUGUCUUCCGUGGCCUCUCUGUUUUUCUUAUGAUAUUUGUCGAUUACGGUGGCUCCAUCUUCCCCAUCAUUUCUCAUGCUCCAUGGAAUGGUCUUCACCUUGCUGAUUUCGUCAUGCCUUUUUUUCUCUUUCUUGUUGGUAUUUCUCUUGCACUUGUUUAUAAGAACAAGAGAUCAAGACCAACACAAUCUUCUACUUGGAAACCAUUACUUAGAUCAUUCCAACUCUUUAUUCUUGGCAUCCUUCUUCAAGGUGGUUAUUUUCAUGGGAUUCAUUCCUUCACAUACGGUGUUGACGUUCAAACUAUACGCUUCUUUGGCGUUUUACAGAGGAUUUCUAUUGGCUACAUUGUUGCUGCUUUAUGCCAGAUUUGCCUUCCAACUCUCCCAUCCAAACAUACUAGUUUCUUCAAGACUUAUUACUCCCAUUGGUUUGUAGCAGCAAUAUUGUUAGCAAUUCACUCCGGAUUGUUGUAUGGUCUACAUGUUCCAGAUUGGCAGUUCGAUGCAUCACUCUCUACCUCUUCUUUGCCUCCAAUUCAAGCCGGCAAUGUUUACACAGUGAAUUGUUCGGUGAGAGGUGAUCUUGGACCUGCCUGCAAUUCUGCUGGAAUGAUCGACCGCUAUAUUCUUGGUCUUGACCAUUUAUACAAAAAGCCUGUUUUCAGAAAUCUUAAGGAGUGCAAUAUGUCUAGCACUGGCCAAGUUUCAGAUAGUUCACCGUCAUGGUGUCACGCGCCUUUUGAUCCAGAAGGCAUUUUAAGCUCUAUAACAGCUGCAGUUUCAUGCAUAAUUGGACUUCAAUAUGGGCACAUUCUUGCCAACUUAGAGGACCACAAAGGGCGCCUAAAUCAAUGGCUUGGUUUUUCAGUUUCAUUUUUGGCUCUAGGGUGGUUCCUUGCGUUAAUAGGAAUUCCUCUAAAUAAAUCUCUGUACACGGUCAGUUAUAUGCUGCUUAGCUCUGCAGCUUCCGGUCUCACAUUUAUGGCUUUGUAUAUUCUGGUAGAUGUUUACGGGUACAGACGUUUGACAAGUGUGUUGGAGUGGAUGGGAAAACACUCUUUGAGUAUAUUUGUUCUUGUAUCUUCAAACUUGGCCGUGAUUGCAAUUCAAGGAUUUUAUUUGACCAAACCCGAAUACAACAUUAUAGAAAAAAUGUCUAAAGAAGAAGGGCAUCCACCACAUCCUCACGGUAAGGACUACGUAGACCCACCACCAGCACCCCUCCUUGACUUUGCUGAGAUUAAGCUCUGGUCUUUCUACAGAGCUCUCAUCGCUGAGUUCAUAGCCACCCUCCUCUUCCUCUACGUCACUGUCGCCACCGUCAUUGGUCACAAAAAACAAACUGCUCCAUGUGACGGUGUUGGCCUUUUAGGCAUAGCAUGGUCCUUUGGUGGCAUGAUCUUUGUCCUUGUCUACUGCACUGCCGGUAUCUCCGGUGGCCACAUUAACCCUGCGGUCACAUUCGGCCUUUUCUUGGCUCGUAAAGUGUCUCUCAUAAGAGCGGUGUUAUACAUGGUAGCACAGUGUUUAGGUGCUAUCUGUGGCGUUGGGUUGGUGAAGGCAUUCAUGAAACACCCUUACAACCACCUAGGCGGCGGUGCUAACUUUGUAGCUUCCGGUUACAGCAAAGGCUCUGCCCUAGGUGCUGAAAUGAUCGGAACUUUUGUGUUGGUUUACACUGUUUUCUCUGCUACUGACCCCAAGAGAAGCGCACGUGACUCACAUGUCCCUGUUUUAGCUCCUUUGCCCAUUGGUUUUGCUGUUUUUAUGGUUCACCUUGCAACUAUACCAAUCACCGGUACCGGAAUCAACCCUGCAAGGAGCUUCGGUGCUGCUGUCAUCUUCAACAAUGCCAAAGUUUGGGAUGACCAUUGGAUCUUCUGGGUUGGACCGUUCGUGGGAGCUUUGGCAGCGGCUGCAUACCAUCAAUACAUUCUUAGAGCGGCGGCUAUCAAGGCGUUGGGCUCCUUUAGAAGCAACCCCACCAACUAAACUAAAUUAAUUAACACUAGGAUUAAUAAUCAUGCAUAAAACUUCUUAAUUUGUUUGCAUUUCAACAUUUAUACGCAUGCUUUAUGUGUAUUAGUAUCAGAUUGAUUGUUCAUCAUCACAUUUCUUUCUGUAUUUUACUACUAUUUAUUUAUUCAGUUUGUUUGUAUGAGAAUUGAGAUGCCUCGUGACCUUUCA